AUUUUAAUAUGGGAGCUUGUAAAUCUUGUACUCAAUAACCAUCACCCGAAAUAAUUUAAGGAGAUAUGGAAUAGCCAGGUAUUCGAAGUGAGUAGAUACGUAAGAUAAGUAAUUUGUUAAAUGAAUUUGAAACAUAUCAGUUGAUAAAGAAGACUUCAUAUUAGUUUAUUUAGGACGGUACAAUACGAAAUGGAAGAGUGAGUGUUAAAAAAUUGAUAACAACAUAAGGGACAGUGAAGCCAAUAAACUUAUAAUAAUUAUAAGAAGCUAAUAAGGGAUUGGAACAAGUGAAAGCACUUACAAAUAAUUAAGAUAAAUGUGAGAUUGAGAAAUAAAUGAAAUUCAAAUGUGGUUUGGAAUUAGGAGAUAGAUUUCCUUAAAUAAAAUUGCAUAUGCUUUUAGGUGAAGCCUAAACCUUAGUAUUAAAGGAAAACACUUAUACAUUGAUAAAAUCUUGGGGUUAAGGUGAAUAGAUGGUGAAUUUCUAACAUGCAAUAGAAUUGAUUGAGUCAUUAAAAAAUGUUUAGAUUCAAUUAAUUGGAUUGACAAGAGGGAAUGAUGAAUAGCAAUCAGUCUAUGAGGAAUUAGUACGAUCGAAUCCUGGAUGGCAGUAACAUUAACAUAUUUAUGUACUUGAGGAGGAACCAGAAAAUCAUAUAUUUGAUAUUUAUUAUUAGGAAUAAAGUAAUGACAUUGAAGAAGGAUAUUUAGCUAGUGCUUUAUUAUUUUAUGGUUAGAAUUUGAUUUGGAAAAGAUAUACAUAAGAAUGGGAUAUUUCAGCAGAUUCUGAUGAAGUAGCAUAAGAGGUUACUAAUCUCAUAAAUUCAGGUGUUAAAGAAUAUGUAGGUGUUAAAGAAAUAAAUAAAUAGAGUAUGAUAAGUAGAUAAUAAUAUUUGGAAGUUAAGAAAUUCAUUUUACAAUAAUAAUAAUAAUAAUAGAAUUUUACUAGAGGAAUAGAAGUUACAAUAAAUAAAAAGACAAUCUAUCGUAAGAAUAGUAAACAAGUUAUUUAUGAAUAACCAAUCAUAGAAGUAGCAUGUUCUCCUAAAUCUCAAUAAAUCACUGAGAAUUUUAUUAGACCUCUCUAAUAAAAAGCACUUAUUUGGGAUAUAUAAAUUUUAAAAAGAAUUUUAACACAAAAAAUUAAAGAAAAUAAUCUCAAUAUUGAAGCUUCUUUGGAAAAGCAUAUUAAGAUAUAUAUAAAUUAUGAAAAGAAUUUAAUUUAAAUUCCUAAUUGGGAAAUGACAACAUUAACUCCAUAUUAUAAAUCAACAUAAUAUAUUUCGUAAGUUAAAUAAUGGAUACAUGCUAGAGAUCGUAUAUUAAGUGAAGCUUAAAAUUGUGAAGACCCUGUUCUUAAGAGAGUUAAUUAAAUGGUUUAUUAAUUUUUCAAUAAUAUUCCUACUGUUGAAAAAGUACUUAAUUAAUAAUAUGGUAAAAUUCCCUAUGCAGAAAAACGUAAACCUCCAUAUGAAGAGAUGUCAGUUUCUAAAAGUUUAGGAAAUGAAGAGAUAACGAGAAAAUAAGAUAAAAUAUUGUUUAUUUUAUUAAUUGAUUAUGAAAAUGAUGAUACAUUAGAUAUGUUGAAGAAUUUAAUUAAAUACAAGAAAGAGAAUUCUGUUUAAUUAUAAAUUGCAGUUUUAGGACAUAUAAGAGCAGAAUCUUGGACAAAAUUAUUUUAAGCCUUUAUGGAAAAACAUAAAUUACAUAAAGAUGCUGAAGAAGGAACUAUUGAAACAUGGUUUCCCGUUGAAGAUAAAAUAGGAUCAAUUUCAUUUAGUGCUAUUCUUAGUAAAAUGUAUGGUAUGAGUUUAGAAAAAAGAGAUUGUAUGUUAGUUGAUUUAGAUAAUCAAGUUCGAGUUAUUGAUUCAAGUAGAAGAAUAAUACCUAAAAUAUCUUAGAUUUUAAAUGAUUUACAAAAUAAGAAUUAAAUUUAAGAUAAAGAAUUUAUGUAUUAAAUUUUUAAAUUUCUAGAAACUAUUUGAAAUAAUAUUAACAAUUUAAGAGAUCCAUUCGAGAUAAUCCUUAAUUGUUGAAAUUGACACAAAAAAUCAAAGAAUAAUGUAAAGAUGACGAUUGUUUGAUUAUCUAUGAAUAAAAAAAGGCUAAGAUUUGGGAUUUUGAAGGUUCCAAUUUUAAUGAAGUUAGAAAAUAUUAACAACCUACAAAAAUUUUAAGAUUGAUUCCAAAAACAUCUGAAAUGGGUGAACUCACUCAAAUAAUUGACAAUUCAGAUUUCUUAUAAAUGAAAUGAUUAAAAAUACAAUAUAUAUAUAUAG